AUGCCGCCGAAGCGAGCAGCGCUUCCCACCAAGGAGCGCGCCCUCUUCCAGCGGCUCAUCCAGGAGUACGAGACGAAAAAGUACAAGCUCGGCCUCAAGACCGCAGACACCAUCCUCAAAAAGUUCCCAGAACAUGGCGAGACCGUAGCCAUGAAGGGCCUCCUCCUCGGCUCCACCAACCGCCGCGAGGAGGGCAUCGAGCUCGCAAAAAAGGGCGUCCGAUUCGACCUCACCUCGUUCAUCUGCUGGCACGCUCUCGGCAUCUUGCACCGCCAGGACAAAAACUUCGAAGAGGCCCUCAAGUGCUACACUCAGGCACUCCGCAUCGAGGGCGGCGGCAACAUCAACCUCCUCCGCGAAUCGGCCUUCCUCCAGCUCCAGCUCCGAAACUACCCGCCCAUGGUCGAGAACCGCCUCACGCUGCUACGCAUGCAGCCUCACCUCCGCAUCAACUGGAUCGGCCUCGCCGUCGCACACCACCUCGCAGGCUCGCUCGAUGCCGCAGUGCGCGUGCUCGAGGGCUACGAGAACGUCAUGCGCGACAUCCCCGACAGGAACUACGAGCACGGCGAGGUGCUCCUCUACCACGCCAGCAUCCUCGAGGAGCAGGCCAAGUUCCAGGAGUCGCUCGAUCUCAUCGAGGCCAGCUCGCCGCGCAUCGUCGAUCUCAAGGGCAAGAUGGAGGCCAAGGCACGCUGCCACGCCGGGCUGGGCGAGAAGGACGCCGCCGAGUCGAUCUGGAGGCAGCUCAUCGCUUCCAACCCAGAGAACAAGCGAUACUUUGCUGGGCUGCUGAGCUUGCUUGGCAUCACGACCGAGACAGCAGACCAGGCGCAAGCCGUCGAGGUCUUCCGCGGCCUGCAGGCGGACCACCCCAAGUCGACGGCCGCCAAACGUCUGGCGCUCAUCUACGCCUCGGGCGACGAGUUCGCCACGCAGGCGACGGCGUAUGUCAAGUCGGCGCUCGUCAAGGGCGUCCCCUCGCUCUUCUCGGACCUCAAGUCGCUCUACCAGGACUCGGCCAAGCAGGCUGCGCUCGAGCAGAUUGUCGAGACGCUGCGUCUCGAGUGGGCGCCCGCGUCCAGCGCGCCCGCCGACGGCACCGAGCCGCCCACAUCCUAUCUUUGGGCGCUCUACUACCUCGCGCAGCACUACUCGCUCACGGGCGACUCGGCGCGCGCGCUGCACUACAUCGACUCGGCCAUCGCGCACUCGUCGACGCUACCCGAGCUGCACAUGGUGCGCGCACGCGUGCUCAAGCGCGCCGGCGACCUGCUCGGUGCCUCGGCCGCCAUGACCGACGCACGCUUGCUCGACGGCCAGGACCGCUUCCUCAACUCCAAGGCGGCUAAGUACCUGCUGCGCACCAACGACACCGUCGAGGCCGAGCGCAUCGUCGGUCUUUUCACGAAGCCCGAUGCGCCCAGCCCCACGUACGACCUCAACGAGAUGCAGGCGCUGUGGUACCUCGCCGAGGAAGCCGAGGCCUUCCUGCGCACAGGCAACCUCGCUAUGGCGCUCAAGCGGCUCGGCCAGCUCGAACGCACGUUCCAGGAAUUCUGGGACGACCAGCUCGACUUCCACUCGUACUGCAUGCGCAAGAUGACGCUGCGCUCGUACGUGAACCUGGUGCGCUUUGAGGACGGCUUGCGCUCGCACCCUGCGUUUGUUCGCGCGGCAUCGGUGGCGCUGGGCAUCUACACGACGCUGUACGACAAGCCGGACACACCGGCGUUUGUCGAGACCAAGACGGACGAAGAAGACCCCGCGCUCGCGGGCUUGAGCGAGGCCGAGAAGAAGAAGGCGAUCAAGAAGGCGAGGCAGGCGGAAGCCAAGCGUGCCGCCAAGGCGGAGCAGGAAGCGGCGGACAAGAAGAAGAAGGCCGAAGAAGCCGCGGCGAACGGCGAGGUGGUCGACGAUGAUGGACCCAAGCCCGAUCCGGAUCCGAAGGGGCUGGACCUGUUUAAGAGCGUGCACGAGGCGCCGUUGGAACAGGCAGCCAAGUGGCUGCGAUUCUUGCAAGCCAAUGCGGCCAGCAGCGAAGAGACCUGGAUGGGGGCGUUUGAGGUGGCGAUCCGACAGAAGAACUGGUUGCUGGCGACACGUGCGCUGGUUGCGCUGCACAAGCUGCACCCUGCGCACCCGGAGCUCGUCCACAUGGUGGUGCGUCUCAAGACGCGAUUGCCCGACCUUUCCGCUGCGCCGAAGCCGAUUGGAAGUGUUAUUGCCUCUGCACUGGAGACGAUCGUGCCGGCGGACAAGCCAGCGUCGGUUGUGUUUACGGAAGCGCUGCAGUCGGGGAGCGCCACGCCGGAGGAAGUGUUGGGUAACGCACGUGCAGCGCUGGCGCUCGACCGCACAGACGAGGCAGUCCAGAUCCUCCUCUCCCUCCCCAAGACCAUCUCGCCAGCCACGCAGCCCCGUGCACUCAACCGUGCACUGAAGACCACCACGGUGGCUAGAGAUCUGCUCGCGACAAUUGCUCCUAACAGCACGGCAGAAUUUGACGCCGCGGCAGGGAAGACCUUCCCCCUGGCCAAUGCCUUCAUGUCCACGUCCCAGCUCGAAGAACGUCAGAAGACCACCAAGGUAGCGCAACAGGCUUGGUCGAGCGCGCCGGUAGAGGAAGAGGCAAACGGUCACCAGCCCCUUCUGUAA